CCGAGCGAGGCGGAGGUGGGUAAUGGCGCCGGGGCUACGGGAUAUACAUCAGAAGAAACCAAAAGCCAGCUGGAAUAGUUCCUGGAUGAGAUUUUAUUCCUGUUUGCGGUUGUUUUGAGGGGGGAUACCCUUUGGAUCAGUGCGAGACAGAGAUCUCCUUGGAGGUGGCUUGUUCUUUCGGGUUUACCAUGGAAGGCCUGGGUGGUGCUGCAUGCUUGCCAGUAAGAGUGAGCCCACCGUCCUAGAACUAAAAGCGGUCUCAGGACAUCCCCACUUAUAAGGAGUUAUCAGGAUGCUUAUAGCAUUUGCAGCUGACAGAAUUAAAAUGCUCUGGUUUCAAGGAAAGAGCCUGCAGAUUGCCAAAUCCUCCUUUGGACUCUUGAGAAAUCUCUCUGCCUCUAACAGAGCUCUGCCUGUGCUGACCUUAUUCACAAAGGCCCCAUGCCCGCUGUGUGACGAAGCUAAAGAAGUUCUCCAGCCUUAUAAAGACAGGUUUAUUUUACAGGAGGUGGACAUCACACUUCCAGAAAAUUCUACUUGGUAUGAAAGGUAUAAAUUUGACAUCCCCGUCUUCCAUUUGAAUGGCCAAUUUCUGAUGAUGCAUCGAGUAAAUACCUCAAAGCUUGAAAAACAGCUUCUGAAACUUGAGCAGCAGGUGCUGGCUACAAACUGAUAUUUUUCUCAUUGAUGCAAGUACCCAGAUGAGAAGUUUACUUAUAGGCAUCUUGUGAACUAAGAAGAAUACAUUGUAGAGCGGGAGAAGCUGUAGGAACGAAGAGGUCUGUGUAUUGAGUUUAUUUUUCCCUUUUGUGACUGUGGAUGUACUUCUCAUGCACUGGACAGUGCCCUGAUUGGAAGCAGGCUCUGCAGUCCUGCUGCCGAGCAGCCCUGGAACCUAACUUUAGCGGAGUAAAUGUUCUUACACUCAUUAAAAUAGAAUGUGAAUUCUUAAUAACUGUGCCCUGAGAAAGGGAUGUUUUAAUGAACACAUCUGCAUGCAGCCUAUUUUAGUGGAAUUUAAUAACACCUGUUUAAAAUUAGUGCUCACUUUUGUUGGUGGGAAUAGAAUAAUUGUCCUAGCCAAAAAGGCUUCACUUCAGAAAGAGAAAAGAGACCUAAACCUGCAGACUGUGUAUAGCAGACUCAGGUGUUCAUGUCAUCAUGGGAUUGAUUUGUAAUGUUGAGGACUGCAUUAAGUUAUCAAUUAAGUUAAUUCAACUAAUUGUAAGAUAGUAACUUUGUCAAAUUUUUGUAUCUUGGAAAUUUUUAUUUUAAUCAUAACUGAACAUACCUAAGCAUAAGGUAUCAUUUUAUAUAAAGUAUUAAACAUGUGUUUUUGUACUCUGAUUUAUAUUUUGUCAAAUUUGGCAAACAUCUGAAUGAAUUCUCUUAAAACCAAAACUGUCUUUUUUGCUUAAAUCGCCUCCCUAUGAAGUUCUGUGAACUGUCUGUUAUGAGCCACUGGGUCUGAAGUGCUCAGUGUGAGUUGGUCUUAGAAUUAUAGAUAAUGUAGCCCACUAGCCUUAGACAUUGUCCUUUCAUUAUCCAGGAGGGAGAGUCUAAAGCUCAGGGAGUUUGAGGAACUUUUCCAUGGUCACCCAGCCACUGGGCCAGAAUCUUGACAUUUCUAAUGUUCUCUGGAUUUAUGUAGUGGUUCAGAUACAGCAAUUCCAGCUACUGUGGGUACAGCACAAAGUAAGCCCUCCAAAGUCACUAUUUAAAAAAAAAAGCCUAUAGUGGCUAGAGAGAUAGAUCAGUGAUUAAGAGCACUCAUUAGUUUAACAGAGCACCCAAGUUCAUUUCCCAGUACCCACAUCUUGGCUCACAAACAUCCAUACCCCAGCUCCAUGAGAUCCAGUAGACGCAUACAUGAAGCAUACCCAUGAAUGCAAGGAAAAUAUCCAUAUACUUGUUGAGCCUCAUGGUAGACAAACUUCUGGAAUGAUGCCGGUGUCCUCACCCUUAUAUAAUUACCUCCCCUAUGAGUGUGAGGAGAAAUGAGUUUAGUGUAGCUCUGUUAUACUAUUUGACAAAAGGAGGGGACUAUCUUGGGUGUUCCUGCUCUAAUUAAGUAAACCACUGAAUAGCUCCACAGAAGUCAAAGAGGUCAUUCCUAGCUAGCCUGAAAGGCAAGAAAAUCUCUCUGUUGUGAACUGCCAGUUUGGGGUCACAUAGCAAGAAACUGGGGGAAGGCUCUAGGAAGUAAAUAAUUCUUGAGACAACAGCCAACAGGAACAUGGACACAUUAGUCAUAACUUCAAGGAGGUAAUACCUGCCAAUAAUCAAUGAUCUCAAAGUAUCCCUAGCCCUGGGUGAGAACUGCUGCCCUAGACAGCACCUCAACCUCAGCUUAGUGAGUCUCUGAGCAGAGAGUUCAAGUACUCCAAGCCAAACCUUCAAACACUAGGGUUGGCCAUAAAGCCUGGAAUCAGGCUCCUCUGAAGCAAUAUUAUGCUUAGUAUUGCCAUGUUGUCAUAGUAGCUAGGACAGGUAGAGACUAAAGUUAAAAUAGUGCUUCAUAUUUUGCUUUAUAUUUGUUUAUACUUGCUUUAUAAUUGCUUAUAUCGAGCUACAGUAUUCUAUAAUUCUAACACCAACUCACACUGAGCGCUUACAGGUCCAGUGGCUCAUGACACACAAACAGUUCACAGAAGUUCAUAGGGAGCUGAUUUAAGGGAAAAAAGACAGUUUUUUCUUUUAAGUGAAUACCUUCUGAUACUUGCCAAAUCUGACAAAAUACAAACAAAUAUAAAAUAUGAACAAAAAUGGUAGACUUUUCUCAAACUGAAAAAAUCUAUAAUAUGGCUAGAUGCAGUGGUAAACACCUUUACUUCCAGCACUCAGGAAGCAAAAUCAGACAGAUCAGAUCUCUCUGAGUUUAAAGCCAGCCUCUACAUAGUAGCCCCAAGAUAGCCAGAGCUACAUAGUAAGACCCUUUGUCAAAAAUAAAAAUACAUCUACAAUGUACUUACAAGGUGGUCAAA